AUGGCUGACAACUGUUGGUAUCGGCCUUCUUUCGUUGGCUCGGCCAGCAAUAUUCCAUUCUCUACUCCCCCCGAGGGCGGCCAUACGUCACAACAACGACGAAUCCACCAUCGCAUACUUAAAACCACAAGUGCUGAUAACAGUCCUAGCCGGAUUGCAAAACGAGACAUGAUGGUGAACCAUUGCCAUGGACAGCGUCGCGCCAUUCGAAAUAGUAUGCGCGAACAGUCAUUCCAUUUCGCUCUCCAGGGGACCGUUCCAGAUGCGAGACCAGCCAGAUCUCUCUCGUCUCCCCGGCAUUCAACCACUACAUAUUCCAACAAUACUCGAUCAUCACGCACGCUCCAGGCUGGAACAUAUCAACCUAAUGAAAUGCUUACACCGCCAACCUAUAUGAAUAACAAUGGAUUCUACAUUCAACAAUACGUCCCCAAUCUCUAUGCCAAUCAAACAGGCACUCCAAUGGAAUUCCCGCAAUACCAGCUUGAUGUUUCUAAUCGCAACUCUCUCUACGUCAUGGAAUCACUCUCUUCGGACCCACCUACAACAAACUAUUUGCUCUCUUCAAUUGGCUACGGUAUGCCUUGCGCAAAUGAUACUGAGAGUAGCUCAACAGUGCCAACUACACUUUCAGCACCGAACGUCCUUCCUACUCAGCACAAUGACAGUGAACCAAAAACCCCGCUCCUCAUUCCCGAUAGGGAAGAACCCGGCGAAGAACUGGUCGGUGUGGGGCUCUACGACGAACCUGAAGGGCUACCGGUCUGGGACUACUCAAUGAACGGCUAUUUGAGACUGAGCAGUAACACAGAUUCUCCAAUAUUCUUAAAGCGGUCUGGGGGUAAAGGGCUGAAAUUGGAGGAAACGUUUGACCCCUCCACCAUCAAAAUUUCUGACGAUGAUGAUAGCGAUGACGAGGAGGGGGGACAAAAUAAAACUGAUACCGAGAAGGAAAAGGAUCAAGGCAAUUACCACGACGACUGUAGCCAAAGGAAGCAAAACCAGAGGCCGGAUGAGAUACAAACGCCAGAGGAUCCUAAUCCUCGGAUCGAGCGAAUGAUGCAAGCAUCCCACAGCCCCUUCGAGAAUCCUUCUCACUUUCAGCAAAAUGAGCCAUGGCUUUUAUCUUCUCAACAGCAUGAUCCCGAUAGUAGUCCUGUGUAUCAUCUGGAUAUGGCUGGCAGGUCGUUUUUCUUUGAGGACGAGCAGGACUCGAAUCUCGUACCUAGGAAAUCGAACCAGGAAGUCAUGGGUUUCCCCCCCAAUAUCGUGGAGUUUGUUUGGGAUCGUAUUGCAUAG